ACCGUAACUUGAAUGUCCUGCUUGGAAUUACGUCUAAUUUUAAAUACUUGCUAAAAAAAAGAAAACAUGCCUAAUAAGAGGCGGCAGAGUAGGAGUCGGUCGCGAAAUCGCAGAUCGCUUUCUAGCCAACAUGAUUCACGCUACAGACACGAGCGAUACCUCAGUCCAGGCCAGCGCCGCCGAUCGCAUCAUCGAUCCGAUACGAUCCAUAAAUAUACCGGUUUGGCACGUGAGCAAUCAGCGUCAGCUACGGUUCCUAAAGCACCACAAGGCGAAGGUGCAGUGGUGCCGGUUCUCCCAAGUGCCGGAGCGGCUGACGCGCGGCGCCCCCCACUCGCCCAGCACCGCCCCGCACUCACCCGCCCCACCCACCGCCCCCGCCCCGUCCACUGACGACGACGCCCCGCCCCUCGUGCUCAUCACCAUGGCAGCGGUGGAAUGGUCUGGUGGAACAUUACAUACAUCAUGAAGACCAGGAUUAAUAAAAACUUUUGGAGGAAUCGCUGGAAUGCAGUAACGCCUAUCGCAAGUCCAGUAGACACGGUGAAUCUUACCACAGCGAUGGACAACUUGGAUAUUGAAAGUGCACACAAUAACUUCUUCUUUGGCUCCGGAUUGAUGAAUGCGCAGGAGUGCUGGAAACGCUUUUGGAAAGGGAAAACUUGCAAAGAAGGUUCAAAGAAGAAAGAAAUUUUGGCUUGCAUAAAAUUAUCCGGUGUGAAUGCGAAGAAACUUUGUUGUGACGAGAAGUUUUCUUGUUUUGUAACAGUUGAUCAUCCCGGACACAUUCAUAUUAUGAAUUUAAUGCACGCAAACACGUAGCAUCUCAUCCAAGGAGGUUUCAUAUUUUUAUGGACCUCUUUACAGUAUUGAAGCAAAAGUAGUCAAUGCAAACGCCAUUUAAGUCUAAC